AUGGCAAACACAGCAGGAGGAGUGCUUUUGUCUCUACUAAUGUUCCUCAGUGCCAGUGUGCCGUCUUUCUCUGUGUAUAACAGUGGCGAGUGCUUCUUCAACACUAAAGGGAGCUGUGAACACAUGGGACAGGUGUACGGGAUAGGAGAGAGCUGGAUAACCAGUGACUGUUACCAGUGUGUCUGCAUGGAGCCAUUUGGAGUAGGAUGCUGUGACUAUGGAUCUAAACCUGUGGACUAUCCAGACUGGUGUGAGAUCAUCCGUAAGCCUGACUCUUGUACGAGUGUCGCAGUCAUGAGAGUCAAUCACAAACUGCCCUGCCUCUGGGGACGAGGCCGUCUCAGACCAGCUGCAGGCCAGCCGUGGAAAUCUGACAAUGAUCCUCUGUUUUGA